UAAAUAUGUAUUUGUGCCGGUAACGCGGCGCGCGGACUGCCAGCGCUUCUCAGCUUCUUCUUGUGCUCAUCCUUGUGGUUCUUGCGUGCGCUGCACGCAUUGGCGCUCGCGCACUUGAGGGGGGAAGCUGGCGAAGCUCCUGCUGCUCAAUGCGCCACUUGGUUUCAGACGCGAGCAUCCCGCCGGACGAGCACAUUUGGACUUGCGCAGCUUUUCCAGCGUUACUUGCUUCCAACAAGUACGCGCGUGAAAAGGGGGAAUCGCUUUUGAAUUUCGCUUCUGAAUAUGUGGCAAUGGAAUUCCUUCCCGUGGAUUUAAAGUGAGCCCAACUUUGCGCUUUUUUCUUCCGAGGAGGCUGUUUCUUGUCGCGUGCGAGGAGAGGAUGAUGCUCGCUGGAUUCUGCCUUCUUCUGCCUCUUUUAGAUGGUCUGCACGGGGCCGAGGAGGGCGGGCGGUCGUCGCGCACGGACUGCGUGCGGGCCAGCGAGCAGUGCCUGAAGGAGGCGUCGUGCAGCAGCAAGUACCGGACCAUGCGGCAGUGCGCCGCCGGCGUGGCCAAGGAGGGCAACUUCAGCGGCGUGGCUCGACGGGACGCCCAGGACGAGUGCCGCGGCGCCGUGGACGCGCUCAAACGCAGCCCGCUCUACAACUGCCGCUGCAAGAGGGGCAUGAAGAAGGAGAAGAACUGCCUGCGCAUCUACUGGGGCAUCUACCAGACCUUACAAGGUAACGACUUUCUGGAGGAUUCUCCCUACGAGGCCGCCAAUGGUCGCCUGGCGGACAUUUUCCGCUUGGCCCCCAUCAUCGGCGAGCCGGCGGUGGCUCGGGAGAACAACUGCUUGAACGCGGCCAAGGCCUGCAACCUGAACGACACGUGCAAGAAGUACCGCUCGGCCUACAUCAGCCCGUGCACCAGCCGCGUCUCCACCGCCGAAGUUUGCAACAAGAGGAAGUGCCACAAGGCACUCCGCCAGUUCUUUGACAAGGUUCCUCCCAAGCACAGCUACGGGAUGCUGUUCUGCUCGUGCCCGCUCAGCGACCAGACGGCGUGCUCGGAACGCCGGCGUCAAACCAUCGUGCCCGUCUGCUCCUACGAGGAGAAACAAAAGCCCAACUGCCUGGAGCUGCAGGCCUCGUGCAGGACCAACUACAUCUGCAGGUCACGCCUGGCCGACUUCUUCGCCAACUGCCAGUCGGAAGCGCGCUCGCGGUCGGGCUGCCUGAAGGAAAACUACGCGGACUGUUUGCUGGCCUACUCGGGCCUCAUCGGCACGGUGAUGACCCCCAACUACCUUCGCUCUCCCAAGAUCAGCGUGUCGCCGCACUGCGACUGCAGCAACAGCGGCAACGACAGAGAAGAGUGCGACAAGCUGGUCGCCUUCUUCGCCGACAACGGCUGCCUGCGCAACGCCAUCCAGGCCUUCGGGAACGGCACGGACAUGGGCGUGUGGCCCCAGGUCACCACCGCCACCACCACCACCACCACCGUGACGUCGCCGCGCCAACGCAACCGCAACAACAACGUGGAAAACCACAUCGACGGCGACUCCGGAAUAUACCACUUCUGCGGGAGUCUGCAGGCGCAGAAGUUGAAGUCCAACUCCAGCGCUGACAGCGUCUUCUGCGUGGACCCGCAGAUGGACGGUCCGAGCACGUCCAACGCCAUCGUGAGGAAUUCGUGCAUCCGCCGCCGACCUUCCGAGGCGACAUCUCUGCUGCCCCUGCUGCUGUGGCUGUGGUACUGCGGCCGCCAUCUUCCGCCCUCACCGGACGACUUGUAGCCUCUAGGCUGAAACGGUGAACUGCACACACAAAACAACGUGAAAUUCUUCUUUUUCUUCCUCACUGUAUGAAUCCGCCUUUGGGUUGUGUUAGUUCUCCCCCCUACCCCCCCCCCCCUCCCUCUCUUUUGUUGUUGUUCAUUUUGUCACUUUCGGCUGUGGUUGACUUUUGAUGCAGCGGUUGGUUUUUCUUUGCAUUGGUCAAGAAAGACCAGACAUAAA